AUGGAAUCAUGGAGUGUGGACUUUUUUCGUAGGUUUGAUUUUUGGAUUUUUCCAGCUGGUGAUGAUAGCUUCAAGGGAGUUGACCUGGUUCUUCUUCAGUUAGAGGAUGCUUCUGUGAUUGGGUUCACUGAGAAGAGUGUGCUGAAGAUUAAGGCCGUGGUGGGGUCAAUGGGUUGGAAGAGAUCUACUUUGGAGUGCCAGAGACUAAAGAUCUGUGAACAAGUUCUGUUGGGAUUUUUGUUGAUCUGCACAAUUCACACUUCAAAUGCAGUCACUGAUCCAACUGAUGGUAAGGAUUCUUACUCUUUUGGCAUCUUGAGCUUUGGCAUUUUGCGUGGUCUCCCUAUUGCUGCGAUUAAUAGCUUUUAUAUUGCUCUGGGAUCCCCUGCUCUUCCUGGAUGGGUUGCUAGUGGAGGAGAUCCAUGUGGAGAAGGGUGGCAAGGCAUUCUGUUGGUCAUUCUUUUUGUAAUUUCUUCUGCAUCAUCUUUACUGUUUGCCAUGUAUUUUGGAGGUAGUGAUCUAAGCAACAACAACAUUGGAGGAAAUAUUCCAUCCAGUUUGCCAGUUACCAUGAAAAACUUUUUUCUUUCAGACAACCAGUUUACAGGAAGUAUUCCAACCUCUUUAUCCACUUUGACUGGGCUGACUGACAUGUCUCUCAACAACAAUUUUUUAACUGGAGAAAUACCAGAUGCUUUUCAGUCACUUACGCUAUUGAUCAAUCUUGAUCUAUCUCAUAAUAAUUUGAGUGGGGAAUUGCCUUCUUCUAUGGAUAACUUGUCAUCUAUCACCACCUUACGCUUAGAGAACAAUCAACUCUCUGGGACACUUGAUGUUUUGCAAGACCUUCCUCUUAAAGAUUUGAAUGUUGAGAACAACCAGUUUUCUGGCCCAAUACCUCCAAAGUUGCUAAGCAUCCCAGCCUUCAGGCAAGCUGGAAACCCAUUUAAUGUUAAUGGUACAAGUCCCACAUCUUCACCUCGCUCCCCAGCAAUAGCACCACCAGGGACUCCGAUUUCUGGGGCACCACCAGGAACUCCUGUAUCUGGGACACCACCAUCUACUGGCACACCUACUAAACAGGCUGAUGGACCAACUGCAGCAAAUGAUUCCCACGCAGGGAAAUCCAAAAAAUCCACAAAAAGGGUGGUUUGGAUAUCUAUUGCUAGUGUGUUGGGAUUCAUUAUUUUGUUACUAGCAUUCAUUCUCUUUAUUCCAAGAUGUAGCAGAAGGGAACGUGAUGACAGAAGGUUCAAGCGAGGUCAAAUUGGUACAUAUGGGGCUGAAAGACAGAAUUCCAGGGAUAACGGGGCUUCACUCCAACCACCUAGUCAAAUGGAAAAAGCAGUACCAGUAGGGGAUGUUCCAAGGCCAAAAGAGGGUCGUCAGGCAGAGUCCAGGACUGUCUGGGCUAAUCCAACUCCACUGAGUGAGCAACAGAAGGAUGUGCAAAGAAUGGCAACGAUACCAAAGCCAGGAGAUCAUGAGAUAGAUAUUAGUACACUAGAAGUAUAUUCAAUGCCUCCUCCCCCUCCACCACCACCUCCACCCCCGCCUCCACCUCCACCUCCUCCUCCUCCUCCUCCUACUACUACUACUGAGAAGGUAACUGUUGAACCAGCCACAUCCGGCAGAGCAACUAAUGUCACUCCACCCAUAAGAAGCUCUGUUCCUCCUCCUACUUUUGCAAAAUAUUUUGCUAUUGCAUCCCUUCAACAGUAUACAAACAGCUUUUCUCAAGAAAAUCUUAUAGGAGGAGGCAUGCUGGGUAAUGUGUAUAGAGCAGAGCUUCCUAAUGGCAAGAAACUGGACAAGAGAGCCUCUGAUCACCAGAAGGAUGAUGAAUUUUUUGAAUUGAUAAAUAGUAUUGACAGAAUACGCCAUGCAAAUGUUGUUGAGCUUGUUGGAUACUGUUCAGAGCAUGGUCAAAGGCUUCUUAUAUAUGAGUACUGCAGCAAUGGAUCACUGUAUGAUGCACUCCACUCAGAUGAUGACUUCAAAAGAAGACUCUCAUGGAAUGCUCGAAUUCGAAUAGCACUUGGGGCAGCUAGAGCCUUAGAAUAUCUGCAUGAGCUAUGUCAGCCACCUGUAGUACAUAGAAAUUUGAAGUCUGCCAAUAUUCUGCUUGAUGAUGAUUUAUCCGUGCGGGUCUCAGACUGUGGUUUAGCUCCAUUGAUAGCUUCUGGAUCAGUCAGUCAGCUCUCGGGGAACCUGCUAACUGCUUACGGCUAUGGAGCUCCUGAAUUUGAGUCUGGAAUAUACACAUACCAAAGUGAUGUAUACAGCUUUGGAGUGAUCAUGUUAGAACUUUUGACUGGCCGUCAGUCCCACGACAGGACACGUCCUCGGGGGGAGCAAUUUCUGGUCAGAUGGGCAGUUCCCCAACUUCAUGACAUUGAUGCGUUAUCAAGCAUGGUCGAUCCUUCUUUAAAUGGAAAUUACCCAGCAAAAUCACUGUCAAAUUUUGCAGACGUUAUCUCUAGAUGCCUUCAGUCCGAGCCAGAAUUUAGGCCAGCAAUGUCCGAGGUUGUCCUGUACUUACUAAAUAUGAUAAGGAGGGAGUCUCGGCAAAAUGAAUCAAAUGAAAAAUGA